CACAUAUCAGUUAUGGCUUUGUUGUCUGAUGUUUCCAUGAUAAGUGUGAGCUGGGUCAAAAUACUUCUGACUGCAGCAUGUAUAUUUCUUGUAUACAAGAUUGUGAAAUACUUCACUGGCGAGGUGAGGGAAAUACCACCAAACACUACUAACCGACGACAACUUGGUUUUUCUGAAGAAGCGCUAGAUAUUCUUUCAAUGGAAGAAUCUGGCUCCGGGAAUAUAUGCUUGGGAAUAUCUAUAACAUCAAAACAGAGUCUGGUACACGAACAUGUUCGCGACGCUCUGGUGCUGUUGGCCAAACGACAGCCGAUGCUUCGAGCAGUCAUAGGAACAUUGGCGGACGGGGAUAAAUAUUUCGAGAUCAAGGAAAUGAAUAAAGUGAUUGCAAUGUUCGACAUCACUAUUUCCCAUGUGAAGGCUUCAGACUAGGAAGAUGUCUGGUUUGAAUAUACAGUAAAACAACGAGAAAAUGGUCUGUUAUGGCGAGUUGUGAUAUUACAAGAGCAAUUCAAGCCACACACUCGAGAUUAUGUUAAUACAUUAAUGUUUAACUUCAAUAAUAUCAUGAUUGCGGGUAUUCCCCUUGUUCUCGCAGGGCAAUUAAUAACUAAUACACCUCAUUAUAUUCAUUUUUUCUAAUCCUACCCGCUUUUACGUCAUGUCAGGUAGAAUUAGUUCUAAUCCUACCCGCCGAAACGACGUCAAAGCGGGUACGAUUAGAAAAAACGAAUAUAAAUGAAGAUAUCUGAAAUCGCCAAAACUAAACAAAGACAGGGAAAACAAUUAUACCAUUUAAUUUAUACCAUUAUUUAUUUUUAAUUGUUUUUUAAUGGCCCUGCGAGAACAACGGGAACACCCGCAAUCAUGAUAUUAUAAGUAAUAGCAUAAAAAGAAGCGAAUUAGCUAUUGAAACGUCCCGCCCGAUGAGGGUCGUUUAGUAAAAUUCCCUUGGGCGCCGCUCGAUUCGGUUACUAAAUGACCGCCGC